AUGCCAGGUUUCUUCGCCUCAAUAUUCCAAUGGAUUAGCGGCCUCUUUUUUUCGAAACAGGCCGAAAUCGCUGUGGUGGGCCUACAGGCCUCCGGAAAGACAUCAUUCGUCAACGUCAUUACCUCGGGACAAUGGAGUGAAGAUGUCGUUCCAACAGUUGCAUUCAACUUUCGGAAAAUCAGAAAAGGAAACGUAACUAUGAAAAUAUGGGAUGUAGCAGGCCAGCCCAAAUUUCGGUCAAUGUGGGAGCGGUAUUGCAAUGGUGUGGAUGCUAUAGUGUUUGUUGUAGAUUCCGUUGAUGUUAGGCCAAUUCAUUAUUCUAUUCGAUUUAUUGUGAUCUGA